AUGACGACAGCACCUUUCUUGUGCCAGGAACUGAGCAGCGAAGCAGAGAAGGAGGAAAUCUGAUGGGAGGGAGCGACUACAGUAGGAAUAUUUAGGAUACGCGCUUCGUCGUGUAGCUAUGACUCCGAGGACACUGCAGUGAGGUGUUCCUGGUGUGUUGGCUAGCUGAUGUACGACGAGAUUAGCUAGCUGUUUCUGGAUUCGUUUACCGAAGUUUGGGCUGAAAAGUUCACGGCGGUGCGGGAUCGGCGUUUAACAUCAUCAUUAUUGGCUGUGUUCUACUGCUGAAACAGACCUACAGAUACAGAAGACAUGGUGUCCUGGAUGAUUUCAAGAUGCGUUGUCCUGCUGUUUGGGACUCUGUAUCCUGCGUACUACUCUUACAAAGCUGUCAAGACCAAAAAUGUUAAGGAAUAUGUGCGAUGGAUGAUGUACUGGAUUGUAUUUGCCCUCUACACUGUCGUGGAGACGAUCACUGACCUAUCACUGGCAUGGUUUCCUCUCUACUACGAACUAAAGAUAGCUUUUGUGAUCUGGCUGCUGUCCCCUUACACCAGAGGAGCGAGUCUUAUUUACAGGAAGUGUCUGCAUCCUUUGCUGUCCUCCAGAGAAAGGGAAAUAGAUGAGUACAUUGUGCAGGCCAAAGAGAGAAGCUAUGAGACCAUGGUGAACUUUGGCAAGCAGGGCCUGAGCAUUGCAGCCACCGCUGCGGUCACUGCAGCCGUCAAGGGUCAGGGGGCCAUUACUGAGAAGCUGCGCAGCCUGAGCAUGCACGACCUCACACAGAUCGACCAGCAGGACGACAGAGGAAACCAGCUGUACCAGUACAGCUCCCAUUCUUCCAACCCUGCUGUCAGGAGGUCUCGCAGCACUGACGCUCCGGAUGGAGAUGAGUACUAUUACGAUCAGGAGGAAAGGACGGACGAAGAGGCCGAGCCAACCUUCUCUGAGGACGAGGCCGUCAGUCAGAAAGGACUGAGGCGAUCGCAGAGCGUCAAGCUGUCUCGAUCCAGAGUUCGCAAAGACGCUCGUUACGGAUCACUGAAGAUUAAAGGCAAGAAGAGACCAGCGCUGAGCUCCGUCAACUAUGGAGUCUGAAGAGAUUACUGCUGUCACAUACACGCAGCCGAGCAGGCUGCUGAUUGGUGGAUGGUACUGUCAGCUUGUUUUUAGCUCUGACUUUUCCCUCUGCUGAGCUCUUUGACGAUCACCUUUCUGCUGACAUAUUUAUUACACGCAGUGGCUCAGAGAGCUCGCUCUCAGCGAACACGGGCUGACUUUGUUGUGGGACGUGUGAUUUGUUUCUUUCUUCGUUAGCAUCGUAGACAUGUUUCUGUGUGUGUCUAGAUUUUAGAUCAGCUGUUGAUUUGUUUGUCAUUUUACAGAACACAUGCCGCCUGAGGCGUCCUCUGUGAGGAGUUCAUAAAGUCAUGUAGCAUCACAGCAUGAUAGUAACCCCUCAACAGGCACAAGUUUGGUUUGUUAGACUCAUCUUUGGUUCUCCACUAUUGUACUUUUUGCAUCAAUGAUUUUUCUUGUGCAAAAGACCAAAAUCAAAGUUUGAGUGAACCUUCAACUAUUAUGUGCUUGGCUGGAGUCACGUGACACUAAUGGCUAACACUCACACGUUGCUUUUAAAAACCUUAAUUAAAGCUUUAUCCAGGCAGUUGUUGUAAGAGCAGCAAUGUCCAAUAACACGUCUGUCUUAUUAGCAAACAUGACAGAUUCAGCUACACAACAACACAGUUGUGUUACUAAGUGCAUUCGG